UGUCAUUUAAAAAUAAAGUUAUCUAAAUUUAGCACAAUUUGACGUGAUCGUCAUGCACCAAAGAUAUCGGAAAAGUAUUUAGAAAUAUAAAUCAGUUGAAUAUUUAAAUGUGUACCUGGAAUAGGGUACGUACUGUUUCGUGUGAACAGCUAGCCUAAAGACUUUAUUGACGAAAAUAUGUCAUGAAAAUCUAUAAAAGGUUGAUCUAAUGAAUACAUUAUUUGAGAAGAAUAGUAAUGCAUACGGCACAAGAUCAGCAGCAUGUUAAGUAUGUGAACCGUACAUGUAAGUGAUAACAUAAAAGAGACCAGAUCAGGGAAGAAGACUAUUGAAGUUUCAGAAUCUGCUUUUUUGUCUCCAGAUUACGACGAAAAUUGCACGAAAAGAGGUUUGGCAGUUCUCGUACAUAAUUUUGAUCAACAAUGCGCAGACAUAGAAAAGUUAAAUGUCCAGUUUAGCAAACUAAUGGAGCUUCUUGAAAGUUAUGAAUAUGGUUUUGAAGUUUUCGAAAAAGACGGAAAACAAAUUCAUAAAAGUUUGUCAAAAGAUGAUCUAUACACCUUGUGUUCUAGCGUUGCAAAGGAAAUUGACAACAAUGAGUACAGCUAUUAUUACUGUCUGUUAUUUGUUAUCCUUGGUCAUGGAUCAUCAGGAAUUAUCAAGUGCAAGACAAUUACAGGAAACACAGAGUAUGCUGAGCUAUCAAAGAUAAUGGAGUCUUUUCAACCUCAGAACUGUGCGGCAUUGGCAUUGAAACCUAAAGUCUUCAUAGUGCAGACAAUGGAACCCAAGGAUCCGAAUCAAGCAGACGCUAGCGGGAUGCCCGAUGACGUUAACGAGAGAAAACAGCAGAGAAUACCACGGGAAAGUGAUUUCCUUACGUAUACUUCUGACGAACCAUGUUAUUUAUCGGACAAUAAAUUCCUAAAUUCAUUAGUGAAAACAUUAGAAGACGAACAAAACACAUGGUACACAAACCGUGGUAUCAAUCCGAUACCAGUAACUGAAAUCCAGAGUCUUCUGAUCAAGAUCAAUAGAAAGCUUAAGGAGACAGGUUCAAAAGUGGCAUAUACAACAUCAUCAUUGACUAGGAAAAUGUAUCUACAAAAGAGAACGUUCUAGGUGUGACUAUGAAUUGACUGCUAUUCUGUACAUUGUCUUAUCGACUUUACGAUUCCUGAAAACACAUAUAGUCGGACAAGUUAUUUGCAAUGCUAUGUAUUCGUAUUAUUUAUACAUAUAUAUUUUUGUUAAUUCAAAACGUUAUAUGUUGCCUACUUUUUUUUUUACUUAGUCACUUUAAAGACUCUUAUAUUACGACUAGAAUACCAUUUCUGUUGAAUGCGCGAGAAACCUCAUAAAAUGUCCAUAUGUUGCAACCUAAAAUAUGCAAGAGACAAGUCAUG